AUAAAUAGGACUCCCGCGGCACAACCUGCGCACACACCGCACAACCUGCGCACACACCGCACAACCAUGAUCUCCCUUCUAGGACUGGCACUGUUGGUUGCUGGAGCUUCCAGCUGUGGCGUUUCCACCUACCCGCCGGCUGUAGCGAGGGUGGUGAACGGAGAGGAGGUGGUACCACACAGCUGGCCAUGGCAGGUGUCACUGCAGUACAUCUAUAAUGGUGAUGGGUAUUGGUACCACACCUGUGGUGCAAGCCUCCUCAAUAAAAACUGGGUACUGACCGCCGCUCACUGCAUCAGUUCUUACAAUACCUACAGAGUGAUGUUGGGAAAACACGACUUUAGCCAGCAGGAACCCGGCCAAAAAACCAUCAGUGUCGUCAAACUCAUUAAUCAUCCAAACUGGAACCCUGAUUAUCUUUCAGGCGGAAAUGACAUUUCUCUGCUGAAGUUGGCUGAACCUGUAGAAUUUAGUGAUACCAUCCAACCUGUCUGUCUGCCUGCUCCUGGCCAAAUUCUAGAACAGGACACUGGCUGCUAUGUGACAGGAUGGGGUAACCUGCAAACUAAUGGUCCUGCUCCAAACACGCUCCAGCAAGGUCUUCUGCUGGUGGUUGACUACAAAACCUGCUCUAAGCAUGACUGGUGGGGAACACUUGUGGACACCAACAUGGUCUGUGCUGGAGGAGACGGCAUUGUCUCCAGCUGUAUGGGUGACUCUGGAGGACCCCUGAACUGCAAGAAUGCACAAGGUGCCUGGGAGGUCCAUGGUGUGGUCAGUUUUGGAUCUUCUCUUGGAUGUAACUACUACAAGAAGCCCUCUGUCUUUAGCCGCGUCUCCGACUUCAACGACUGGAUCAGCACGACUAUUGCAUCUAAUUAAGUGCAUUGCACGAAGCCCUUGGACUGAACUACAGACUAUAAAACACCUAUAAAAAUGUUUAAUAAAAAAUAAAAAAUAAAACAACACCAACUCA